AAGGUUUCGAACUAAAUUACAGUUUUCUGAGUUACAAAUGAGGAGUCAGCUUUGCAUAGGAAAAUCAGGAGACGUAAGAAAAAGCCCAAGCCUUGCCUAAUUUUAUUUUAUUUUUUCGAACAAUUGGGAAUGUAGUAUAAAAGUCAAAAGCAAAAGACGAUCUUUUUUUAACGGAAAAUCCGUCUCAGAAAGAAAUUUCUGUUUUUGGGAUGCAAGAAGCACAGCAGAAGCUUCUUUAAAUCUUCAAUUUCUACCAGCUGAAACCAGCUGCAAAAUUUCCUUACAAAUUAAAUUAAUGAUGAUACAGACAAUGAUUGCUUGAAAGCAGUGGCGGCAAUGAAUGAAGUAAAGUACAAAUUCAUCGAACCUUUGCAGAAAUUUUCAGCCCGAUUCUUAUACAAUCUGAACCACGACGUAUCGGUAUAUUCAGGGAGAAAUUUGCUGGCAAAAAUAAAGUCGACGGAGAGUUAAAAUCAAAGUUUGGAAGAUGAUAAUGAGGGAGAAUAACAGCAAUGGGAUAAAACACAGACAAAGAUUUAAAGCAUAUCAGGCGGAAUCGGGGCGAGGCAUUAUGAGUACCUUGUUGAUGGUUUUGGUUUCUUGCCUUGCCUGGUUUUACAUCGCCGGAAGGUUGUGGCAAGAUGCAGAGAUGAGAAAAUUGCUUACUAGUCUUCUUCAGCAAAAUAAUGAACAGGUAACAAGGAUAAUGAAUGUAGAUGAGCAGUUGAUGAAUCUCAGAUGCAAAGAUUUAGGAAAGAAAAUUGCAGAUCUGGAGACGGAGCUAGCUUUUGCUAGGAGUCAAGGUUACCUCCACAAGCGCCCAACUUGGAAUGCAAACCCUGAAAAAAGAUUGUUGGCUGUGAUAGGCAUUCAGACUGGCUUUGGCAGCCAUUUAAAUAGAAAUAGAAUAAGGAACACCUGGCUACCAACAGGUCAAGCCUUGAAGACAUUAGAAGAAAAAGGAAUAGUUAUUCGCUUUGUGGUGGGGCGAAGUGCAAAUAGGGGAGACAGCCUGGACAGACAAAUCAAUGCCGAAAUGCAGAAAACAAAUGAUUUCCUAGUUCUUGAAAGCCAUGAAGAAGCCACAGAGGAGUUACCUCAGAAAGCAAAGCUCUUUUUUAGUUCUGCAGUAGAGUAUUGGGAUGCUGAUUUCUAUGUCAGGGUUGAGGAUAAUAUUUAUCUAAACCUAGAUGAGUUUGUGAAAAUUCUUGCUGGUCUCCGAGACAAACGACGGGUAUAUAUGGGAUGUAUGAAGUCUGGGGACGUGAUCAGUGAAGAGGGUCAACAAUGGUAUGAACCUGAGUGGUGGAAAUUUGGGGAUCAGAAAUCGUAUUUACGUCAUGCAGCUGCUCCAUUUUAUGUUCUUUCUAGGGAUCUUGCACACCAUAUUAACAUAAACAGCGUCUAUUUGAAACCAUAUGCACAUGAGGAUAUAUCUGUCGGUGCAUGGAUGAUAGGCUUGGAUGCAGAAUAUAUUGAUGAAAGGCGUUUCUGCUGUACUGAGGGUGAAAUUUGCUCAAUUAGAUGAAGCAUAAUACCCAGAAAAUUUUGGCCAUUUUUUCAUUUUAGCAUCUGUUCUUCUAACCAAAAGGAUUCUCCGAAUUGACCUUAUAUUGGAUCGGUGGAAUUCAGGUGCCUGAGAAUACUAGUACCAACUUUAUUUAUAAAUAGUCUUAUGAGUAGUUUUGAUUGUAAUUUAUAGAUUCUUGUGUGUUUAUGCAUUGGAUCUGUCAGAUGAUCAAGGUCCUCUCUAGGAAUUAUUUGAGCUUUCAAGCAAUUUGCCUGAGUGCUAGGCUGUUUUGUUUUUCUGCAACAUUCAUAUCACCUCUGCUCUUGACAGGAGUGGGUGGAAUUUUUGCAUUAAUCUAGGAUAGAAUAAUCUAUCCAAUUUUAUUAUAUUUUUUCCUAAAUUUGGAAAGAAUUUGUACAGAAGGAAUUUAAAAUUAUUGCGCUCACAAUAGAGAAGUAUAUUCUUGCA